AUAUUGAAGUAAAUUAUUGCGCGGCGUCAAAAUGGCUGCCAUGACAUUUUUGUAGACGCAGAGAACUUUCAUUUUGUACCUGUACCUGCAUGACUCAGAUAUAUUUAUGAACUAAAUUGCACGAUCAUAUAAAUUACCCAAAGAAAUAAAUGGCUUCAGGGGGAGGCAAUCCAUUCAGAAAGCCAUCAGCGACAGAUCCAAGACAAAAGAGCACUUGGCAGAGAACAGCUAGUGCCUCAGACAAAGAUGAUAACAUAAGCUUGAACAGUUUACCUAAUGAUCUCAGACCAAAUAACUGGGACUUUUCUGACUGGAAGCCUAGUAGAACAUUUGAUAAUUCUAAACGAAGGAAAAAGGGAAACCCGGAGAGAGAAAGGGAGCAGUCAUUGUCUCAGGAUUCACCACCGCCAUCAGAACAGCAACACAGAACGCCCUCUACAUAUCCUCGUACCCGCAUCACUCCUAGCACUCCUACGUCACAAAGGGUUGCCCUAGAAACCCUUAAACAACAGCUAACUUUUAGUGACAAUGAGGAAGCAAGUCUUGAUGGCGAGAGAAACAAUGAGAGAAGUGUUCCAAUCCGUCGUGGUCGACCUCCAAACUUCACGAGACAAGAUACCUCCAGUACUGAAGGGGCAGGGCCUAGAAAUGACAUGUCACAACAGAGAGGGAGAAAUAUGGCCAGUCCAAAUAAUGUAGAGGACUUCUUUUCUGAAGCUGGGCCCAACCAAGGAGAGAUUGUAGGAAGAUUGAUGCAGAUUAGAGACUAUAUAAAACAGGCCAAUGUAAUGAUGGAUGCACUGAACAAGUCUGGGAACCCGCAAGCUCAUAGGGAGGACCUAGGAAAAUUAAGAAAACUUGCUGAUAGCCUUCAAGAACAAGAAAAUAGUUAUUUGGGCCUUCUUCAGCAGGCCUUGACAAUGAAGGUAGAAAAUACUGCUGUGGACGGUAGAGAUGAUGUGCCCCGCCCUGAUUCAGCUGAGGACAGACAGUCUGUUGACAUAGAUGUUAAAUCAGAGUCUGACGAAACAGCUACAGAGCGCAGUCCUAGUGCAUCAUCUCGGCCAAGAAUUGAAGAUAAACUUGGUAUGUCUGAAGACGAGGAUUUGGAUGACGGCACUUCUCCAUUCUCUAACGACAGAACAAUAAUACCAAGUCGAAACUAUGACCAGGAUAAUGAUGUUGAUGAGUUAGAUCCAGAGGGGGAUUUAAUGGCACUGCGGCAGCAACAAGAUUUACUCCAGAAACUAUUACAACAGAAAGAACAAAUGACAGCAUUAAAGGAGAGACAAAGAUCUUUGAUAGCACUGCAGAAAGAUGCUGAAGCCAAACUUAAUGAAGCGAGAGCGUAUGAAGGUAGGAAAGAAGCCUCCAUGAACAGUCUAGGAGGACAGCAGCCUCAACGUCAGAAUCGGCCAGCUGCUGACAACAUUUUUGCUAACAUGGAGUCUGAUGGUACACCUAGUUCCCUACAAGACAUUAGACAACAUUUUAACCUACUGAGGAACGAGCUGAAGGAGACAGUCAGUGCUGGUUCUAGAAAAGUGGAAAAAAAAGACGACAGAACUCGUCAAAGUAAUCCCGCUGUAGAGGCUGCUGCCAAUGAAGCUGCUGCUGCAUUAGAUGACAAUCGUUCACAGUUACAGAACAAACUAGAGGAGUUACACGAGAAAAAACAGAAGAUGGAUCAAUUACUACAAGAGUUACAAAUUCUACGAUCGGAAAGGGUAGAAGAUAUCAUGAACAAUGGCCUACAGGAUAAUAAUAGUACCAGUUCAGCUGUACCUAGAACAAACUCCCAGAUGAGAAUAUCUUCCUCUGAAGCUGCUUCACAACAUGCUGAAGCCACUGAACAUGAUGCUGAAGACGUUCUCAAAAUGUUAGAGGCUGAAGAAAAAUUUAGGAAAUUGAAAGAGGUGAAAGAGAGGCUGAAUCAGUUGAAAUCAUUGAUGUCGUACUACCAGACAGCUGAGGAGGAUGGUAAUGAAAAUGAUGAGAGGGUGGCUUUUCAAGGUCGUCUAGAGCAAGGGUCAAUACCUGUCAACAAUGAACAGUUAACUGAGGUACCAGUAGAAAUAAUUCGUGCCGGACGUCCUGUGGAAACGAGAUCUGACGAUGAUAAUGAAUCUGAAAGUAGCUCUGCUGAGGAGGGGACGGAAUCUCAUCUAUCUAGUCUUGGUCCCUGGGGCGAUGACCCAGAAAUACAGGAGAAAGUCAAGAAAUUAAAGGCAGCAAAAGACAAACUAAAACAGUUACAAGAUCUGGUGUCCAUGGUACAACAUUCUCCUGACGCUGCCCAGCUGUCGUUACCAGAUAACCUAAUGGAGCUGGCAGGAAGUCUAGAUGACGGGGAGUAUGCAGAGGUGAUGGACAAAGGGACAGAACUCAGUGAGGGAGAAAUAGCAAACGAUCAGGAGGAAGAAAGAGAUACAUUUUAUGCAGCUAAGAUGCAGGAACAGAUGGAUGAGUUAGAUGAACUGAAAUCUGAGCGUCAGAGGUUACUGAACAUACAACAAGAACUACAGACAUUAAAUGCUAGAUUUCCUUCAGAGGUUGCAGAAGGAGACCAGGAAAGAGAUGCAGAACCAACUCAUAAAAGACACAAACAAUCUAAACAGAUACCUGAUGAACCUGAGGUGGAGGGUAGUGAUAGGGCACCUGUUGUCACAUUUUCCUCUAAUGAUGAAGUAUAUGAUAAGAUGAGAAGACAGAGAAUGCUGAGAGAAGAACUACGACAGAAAAAGAGAGAAGUAGAAGCUAUAAUGAAGAAAGAUGGCUCGAGGAAAAAUUAUGGAAAAAAUCAGGAUGCUCAGAGUGACUCAGUGUCUUUCUCAACUGAUGCAUUUGGUGGGGCUGCUAGUGCUGAUGCCACCAUGGCAACCUGGGGAGGGUCUACAGUAGACAACAUGGAGAGCAUCACAGAGGACGGUGUAGAUGGGAACCAGGCUAGUGAUAAUGAUGAAGUGGAUGAUGGAUAUCCAAGUGAUGGUAUUGUUCAGGUUGAAGAAGAAGAGGAAGAAUUUGAUAAUGAAACUUAUACGAUAGAAAAUGAUGUACGUCAGAGAAGAAUGGCUAGAGCAGGCAAAACCAAACAGAGGACUUAUCCCCGGUCUCGUACGGAACCUAAAGGUGGGGCACGACCAAAGCAAAGAAGUUUUUCAAAGAAACAAAAGAAGAGCAGACAAAGACAAGAGGUUUGUAGGAAUUUCCGGUCAGCAGAGGAUAUUAUUCAGGACGAUGAACCAGCAUCUUUACAACAGCAGAUCGACAGACUUACAAACUUGUGCCAAUCAUUGUUACAGAGAGAUACACCUGGUCCUAUAAUGCAACAGUCUCCUGCAGGUUAUGGGUACCAGCAGAACCCCGACAUACAACAACAGUUCCAACAGCAGCAAAGUUUGAUGAUGAAUCAGUGUCUACAACAAAUGUGUAUGCAACAGAUGGAGUUACAGAAUCUCCAACGGCAACUCAACAUCUUCACCGACCCUUACGGUGGCGACAUGAGGCUACGAUCGUUACAGUCACUUCCAACAGACAGUCGUAACAUGUCGCCUAAUCUUGAAUCUCGACAGCAACCUUUUAGUGUUCAAGUUCCUCAAUUCCCUAGUAGUUACUAUGGCAAUAGGCAAAGUAAUGAUAGCUCGCCGCAAAUGAACAAUGAAGGCUUGUUAAUAAAUCGGUCAUCGUACGGUCAGGGUAGUGGGAAGAAACAGUCUAGUGGUAGGAGCAAGAACAAUUAUGAUCAAUAUUAUUCUUCUGAGAAAAAGGAAAAGUCAUCGAAAAAUGUACAAGAUAGAAGUCAAGAAUUCCAAGAUACACCAAUGCCAUUGUUAAAUUUUGAUGAACAGAGAAAUAGACGAAAGAUGAAUGCAGGAAAAGAUUGGUCAACAGCCUCAUUAGCAUCUGAUAGUAAACACGGAUCAGAGAGACCAGACAGAGAAGAAGAAGCCAGAAGACAAGGUCUGUCCUUGAGAGCUCGGCAGCUGUUAGAAGAUAUGUAUAGACCAGGCCUUAGUGCUGGAAUCAGUGGGGCAGGUUUCAGGGAAAAUAUCAGCAUUGCUAGUACUAUGUCACAAGCUCAGGAAAGUCCUGGUAAAGAUACUAGAGAUUCAGAAGAUGGAAUAGAUUUAUCCUUAUUUGAAGCACUGAGAGAGGGUAUAUAUGCUGAAGUAGCUACUUUGAUAUCACAGAAUGAAAACCGACCACAUUUCCUCAUAGAAUUGUUUAGAGAAUUACAGAAAUUAAACACAGAUUACCUAAGACAAAGAGCUUUGUAUGCCAUCAGGGAUGUGGGGUCAAAGUUCCUCACAGAACAAAAUAAUGAUACAUCUGUUGCUGCACCAGCUCCAGCCUGGAUAAACACAGAUGCUAUCAAUCAAAGAUCUGAUACAGACUCUACACCCAGUGAAAGUAUCGUUACAACAGAUAUGGAUGAGAUCGCGGAUGUUCCCCAGGGACGACGGACACAGUUACAGAACAACAUGUUAUUACGGGGAGGAUCUAUAGCCAAUGAUGCCUUUGAUUACAUAGAGAAUGCAGACAAUGACAGCUCCCUGUCGACACCAUCCAACAGUUAUUGGGAGAAUCCAUUUGCACAGGAUUCCCUUGGUGAUACUGCUAUUAACCUGAAUAAAGCAUUACAGAAAAUGAGAGAAUGUGAAAAGAAGAUGGCAUCAGAGGAGGCUAAGGUUAAAAGUUUAGAGAGUGCACGACAAAAUCGUGAGCUGUCAGAACAACACAGUAGUUCUGCUGUCGACCAGGGAAGUGAUAAAGAAAGUUCAGUAUCAUCAUUAUCAGUAAGUCAACAGCCUAAGAUAGACACCCAGCAGGUGGAUCGCCAGAUUAAAAGCAUUAUGACAGAAAUCAUACCAGUUAUCAAACAACACAUGGAUAAUGUGUGCUCCUCAGAACUACUGACAUACAUCAAGAGAUUAGUGCUAUCAUUAACACGACAGCGAGAUGGGAGUCAGUACUCCAGGUUCUACCAUACCCAGUUGGGAUCAUCACUGCAGGAUACUCUGUCAAAGUUUGAAGGCAGGAAAAUGAGAGAUUGCGGUGAAGAUUUGUUAGUAGACAUGUCAGAAGUUCUUUUUAAUGAGUUGGCAUUCUUCAAAUUGAUGCAAGGAAUUGUGGAUGUUCCUUCAACCUCUGACCAAUCACAACAGACCUCUCCCUUCAAAUCGUCAGGAACACAGACACAAGAAGUUGAACAGGAUGAGGAUGAGGAGGAUGAUGAAGAAGAAGAGACAGAUCAGACUCAGGAAUCAGAUACAGAAACUACUUCCUCUACUGCUGAAGAACAAGCCAUCAAUACCUCUAUCAAGAUGGUCGAAAAUGAGGAGGAGGAGUUAGGCAAGAGCCGAGAUGAUGACUUUGCUAAUGAGGUACAAGUAAAAGAUUCUGAAGACAAAGAUGAAGACACUGAAUCUCCAUAUAAAAGAUCUCCUGUACAGAUACAGUUGGCUGUGUCAGAAACUAAACCAUUCACAAGAAUCGGCAGUGAUGAAGAUGACGAGGAUGCAUCAGAAUCCCAGAGUGCUGAUGAUCCAUCAGAGACAGCUGUGUCGAGGGACGCCAUGAUGGAAAGGUCACUUGACAAUGAUGACGGGACCACUGACGGAAUGCCUGAUGAAGAUUCGUUUGUCAAGAUCAGUAAGGAAGACGCAGACCAAGGAGCCAAUACAUCAAAAGACAGCAAGUCAUCAGAGACGCAGUGUAAUGGAGAGGUUUUAAUGAAUGGAGAAAUUACAAUUGAUGACCUUCCACCAUCAUUAGAUAUCUGUCAGGGUGGUAUUCAACAACUAGUUCAACAAGAACAGGUAAAUAACUCUGGUACUGCUGCUGUUCUGGCUACCAUGGAAACAGAACAGGAACUGGCAGGGGAUGGACUGUUUCUUAAAGAACCAGGUACAUAAUUUUCAAGAUGAGUUGAAGAUGGAAUAACACAGAGAAACAGAUGAUAUAUAUUAUUUAUACUUAGAAUGUGUGAUAUAGACCAGGAAAACAAACCAUAUCAGACAGCUGUUAAAUUAUGUUAAUUAUAUAGUUACAGAAUUCCAUAUUGAUAUGUACAAUUAGAGUCAUGUGAUAGGUUUAUACAUGUACAAGUCGAUUUGUUAGGAAUAACAUACCUAAGAGGAUUUGCUCUAAGAAUGAAUCUUGGUAGUGAUUUUUGUGAAGGUUUCAUGUGAGUCUGUACAAAUAUUUCACGCAUUCAAUUUGAUUUGUUUUAAAAUCUUUCUUGGAAGCGAUUCUUCCAAAUGGAUGUUAUUGGAUUUACCAGAGAAAUCUAUAUUUAAAUUUAGUAAAUAUCAUAAUCAGGGCUAUUCCAGAAAAAGAAAAACAAGAGAGGGGGUGGGUGGAGAAGCUACCUUUUUAUGGUCAUCACCUCUACAAAUGCAUUUUAAUUUGCUUACAAUUUGUUGACCUUCCUCUACCCAUUUAUACAUUUCAAGUGCCAUGCAAUCGUGCAUAUACUUUUUUCAGGGAAUAGCCCUAAUUCAUUGGUUGUUUCCAGGACAGACACUUACAGCUGAACUAAUUGAGUGUGAACUUAAAACAUUAAAGUUAAGUUAAGUUGACGUUUGUAAGGUGAACUACAAUUUCUUAAAAGUUUGCUAUUGUACAUAUAAAGGCAGAUUUCUUGGCCAUUCUGUUGUAACAUAUUCUGUGAUUUGAACAACUUGUAAAAACUAUUGUUACUCAUAAAAGCAAGAUAAAAAAAAUAAUUUAUUUUAUGGUUUAUCUUGCAAAUAGGUCACUUUAACCUUAUUGUUUUAUAUACACACUGAAUUCAAUUAGCUGUAAUGAUGAAAAAUCAAAAUAUGUCCUAUUAUGUAUUUAUCUCAUGACUUUGAUUGUAUAUUUUAUACAUAAGUGCUUUAUACAUUUAAAGAGGUAGGGCUUCUGAGGGCUCCAUAGAAAGGAAUAGAUUGUGAUAAGGAAUUCUUGUUGUAAAUAGACAUAAUACAUAUUUUAACAACAUCUAUUAUACAUCUUAUACAUAAGUGCUUUUAACAUUUAUACAGUAUUCAUGGGACUCUUGCUGUUUAUAGACAUAAAUACAUAUUCAAAUGACAUCUAUUAUACAUCUUAUACAUAAGUGCUUUGUAAGUUUGUACAGUAUUCAUUUUCUUAUUACGUCUAAGAUGUUAGAAUUUAUGUAGAUUUUUUACUUGAAAGAAGGGUUGUAUGGGAACAAAUUUGUUAAAAUUGUUGCCCAUUUAUGUAUGUGCAAGAGUAGCCUUUCUUGUCUUUAUCAUUGCAUUUAGUGAUAUUUGGCAAGACAAGUGUUUAAAUAUAUUUUUAGGCUAUGGAAUAUUUUUUUCUAUUUAAAGAAUAGUAAUUUAUUGGAAACAAAUAAAAUCAAAAUUGUCAAGUUAAUAAAAGUUUUUAGAAAUAUUAAAACAAUUAAAAAAGUAUAGUGAAAAAUUUAUCUACAUUCUUUCAAAAAGAUUUUUUUAAACUAAAUUCAAUCACAUUAAAAAAUAUUGACAUUAUCUAAUAUAAUAUUGAGACAUGUGCCAAAAAAACGUAUAUAUCAAAUGCUGUUCUGAGAAAUUGAAAGAGUAAACUUUUGCUGACUACGAAAUGUUUUUGGAUACUGUUAAUGUCCCUUAGCGAAAGACAAAUUUGAGAAAUGUUGUAUUGAAUGAGAAAUGAUGUUAGAAUAUAUUUUUGUCCAUUGCUGUGAUGUCAGAUCUACAAUAUUGAAAGCCUUGUCCAUUCUGAGCUUCAGCAUGAGAUGUCAAGUAACUGUCAGAUCAAUUGAAAAUGAUUUCAUGUCGAUAAUGUAAAUCUAAAACCAUAUUUUCAGUACCUUGAUAGACGAUUGAUAUUUUUUUGUAUGUUGUGAAGUUGGACCUUAUAAUUGAAUUUUGUUAACAAGAAACAUUGUUUUUGUUGAGAUUUGGUCUUACUUCAAUUACUGACUAAACAGAAAUAUGGUGGUAUUAUUUGGAAAAUAAGGAAAAUAAAAGAAUCAAGAAAAAUAAUUGGGCAGUACCACCAUUCCAUGCCCAACCUCCUACCAAUUCAAAAACAUAAAUAAAAUCAAACUUUCCAGACAACCUCUCUAGGUACAAACAUAAAAUGUGAGUGGAUCAAAAAUUGAAAUUUGUGUUUCUAGACUGCAAAACACAGUAAAAUAAUGUCCUUUAAUUCUUGUACAUGUAUGAAAUCAUAUAUUGCCUUGAAAUAUUAUAAAGUUUUGUUUAAGUUGUUUUCAUUGUAUCAUUUCACUUGAAGAGAGUGCAUAUGUUCAGAAUUUUUAUUUCCACCUUAGAAACUGUCUGAUAUUGGAAAUGUUUUACAAUAAGGAAAGGGUGAUUAUUGACAUUGUUAAUCUCAUAAAUCAAUGAUUAAUCAAAGUUAAUCAAAUUGUUGUAAACACAAAUUGUUAUAUGUGUAUGACCAAUGUUAUUUAUAUACACAAACCACAUUUAUAAUCAAUGUA